CGAUGACCACAUCUUCUGUACUCAAUACAAUGAAAAUGACAACAUCUUCUUCUUCCAUCUCUGCAAAUUAUUGAAGAGUGUUGCAUAAAUACAAAUCUUGUCUUGUGAAUAUAUAUAUAAAAGGGUUUCUGCAUAUAAAUCAUUCAACAAGUUCUUAAAAAGUUAAAAGUCAUGGAUGAAGAAGCAGAGAUUGAUCGGUUACCGUUACACCUCCUUGCUUAUAUAUUUUCUCUGGUUACCUCUUUCACCGAAUUGGCACAGGCAAGUGGUGUCUGUAAGAAAUGGAGAAAAGCUGUGAACCAAUCUAUGGCUAGAAGAGAGUCUCUGAGCUUUGCUGGUUGGAAAAUGGACGAUGAUUCCACUUCUAGACUUGUACAUCUUGCUUACAAUCUCAAAGAACUCGACAUAUCUAAAAGCAGAUGGGGUUGUCAUGUAACUGAUAAUGGUCUUUACCAAAUAGCUUCUGCUAGAUGUGUUGCCAAUUUAAGCUCAAUCUCUUUAUGGGGCAUGACUGCCAUUACUGAUUCUGGUGUUGUUCAACUGGUAUCAAGAACAUCUUCCUUGCAACAUCUGAACAUUGGAGGAACAUUCAUCACCGAUGAGUCCCUUUUCGCUAUUGCAGAACACUGCCAUCAUCUCAAGACAAUUAGUAUGUGGUGUUGCCGCCAUGUGACAGAGAGAGGCCUUCUUGUUCUUGUCAACAAAUGCAGAAAACUAGAAUCAAUCAACUUAUGGGGAACUAGAGUUCCUGUGGAUUGCUUCAUUGCUUUACUUACCAUCAGUCCUGCCCUUCAGAUCAAACCCAUUCAACUUCUCCUCAAUGCUCAGAAUCCACCACCUUUGUUGCAUGCUGUCUAGUCUUUUGUUGCUUUGCUUUUGUGUAUAGUUAUUCAUUAAAAAAAUUUGGAAUCUCCUUCUCUCUUAUGUGUUCUCUCAUCAAUAAGAUUAUAUUAAAUUAUUUAGUAAAGAUUCUAUUGAAGUAGUAAAG